GCCGCCAUAUUGGGAAACAACGGAAAUGAGAGAGAGAGAGAGAGAGAGAGAGAGAAAGAGAGGGAGAGGAGCAGAUAGAGAGAUAACUCGUGUGUUGAGUCAAUCAGUUUCCGAAAAAGGGCGUCCGCCUCUCUCUGCCUUUCUCAUGUUUGUCUCUCCGGAGGAAGGGGCGGUCUGAGCGCCACAGCAGAUCCGGAAUCAGCCCGUGUUCCCUCGGCUCGGCUCGGCUCGAUCGGUCGGUCAGUCAGUCGGUCGGUUGGCGGACUCCGCGGCGGUUUAUGUUCCAGCCGACACAGACACGAGCGCGAGGACGGGAGCUUUAAAAAAACAAAACAAAAAAAAACAAAAACAUUUAAAAAGAAGAGAAAAAAGAAAGAAAGAAAGAAAGAAAGAAAGAAAGAAAGGCUGGACUGAAAGUGUCGACCGAGGGGACGGACGACAAACCGGAGCAGAAAAAGAGGAAUAAAAAAGGAGAAGAAGAAGAAGAAGCAGAAGAAGAAGAAGAAGAAGAAGAAGAAGAAGUAGAGGGAGGAGGAGAAGAAGGGAAAGAUGCCCCUGGCUCAGUUGGCGGAUCCCUGGCAGAAGAUGCCUCUGGGGGGGACGGCGGGAGAGGAUGUUCAUCACGAUCCGGAGGACUCCACGGGCGAGGACGACGCCAUGCCCGCCUGCGCCGAUGACGUGCCAAUCAAGGAGAUCAGUAUCACUCACCAUGUGAAGGAGGGGUCAGAGAAGGCCGACCCUCGACAGUUCGAGCUGCGCAAAGUCCUGGGACAAGGCUCCUUCGGCAAGGUGUUCCUGGUGAGGAAGAUCACAGGACCAGACGCCGGUCAGCUGUACGCCAUGAAGGUCCUGAAGAAAGCCACUCUGAAAGUGCGUGACCGGGUCAGGACAAAGAUGGAGAGAGACAUCCUGGUGGAGGUCAACCAUCCCUUCAUCGUCAAACUGCACUACGCGUUUCAGACGGAGGGGAAGCUUUACUUGAUCCUGGAUUUUCUCCGAGGAGGAGAUCUCUUCACUCGGCUCUCCAAGGAGGUCAUGUUCACAGAGGAGGAUGUGAAGUUUUACCUGGCUGAACUCGCCCUGGCGCUCGAUCACCUUCACAGUCUCGGAAUCAUUUACAGAGACCUCAAGCCUGAGAACAUCCUGCUGGAUGAGGACGGACACAUCAAGCUGACCGACUUUGGCCUCAGCAAAGAGUCAAUAGACCACGAGAACAAAGCCUACUCCUUCUGUGGGACGGUGGAGUACAUGGCUCCCGAGGUGGUGAACAGGCGAGGACACACGCACAGCGCCGACUGGUGGUCGUACGGCGUGCUCAUGUUCGAGAUGCUGACGGGAACGCUGCCGUUUCAGGGCAAAGACCGGAAGGAGACCAUGACCAUGAUCCUGAAAGCCAAGCUGGGGAUGCCUCAGUUCCUGAGUUCAGAAGCUCAGAGUCUCCUCAGGAACCUUUUCAAACGCAACCCUGCCAACAGAUUAGGAGCCGGACCGGACGGAGUGGAGGAGAUCAAGAGGCAUCACUUCUUCAGCACCAUCGACUGGAACAAACUCUUCCGCAGAGAGAUCCCCCCUCCUUUCAAACCGGCUGCAGGUCGACCUGACGACACUUUCUAUUUUGAUCCAGAGUUCACAGCUAAAACACCCAGAGACUCUCCGGGGGUUCCUCCCAGUGCCAACGCCCAUCAGCUGUUCAGAGGAUUCAGUUUUGUGGCCAUAACGGAGGAGGAAACACAACCACUGCCCAACGCCAUCGUACAGCAGCUGCACCGAAGCACAUCCCAGUUCUCAGACGCCUACGAGAUCAAAGAGGACAUCGGCGUCGGCUCCUACUCCAUCUGUAAACGCUGCAUACACAAAGGAACCGGCAUGGAGUACGCCGUCAAGAUCAUCAACAAGGCCAAGAGAGACCCGACGGAGGAGGUGGAGAUCCUGCUGAGAUACGGGCAGCACCCCAACAUCAUCACCCUCAAGGACGUGUACGACGACGGCCGCUCGGUGUUCCUGGUGACGGAGCUGAUGAAAGGAGGCGAGCUGCUCGACAAGAUCCUGCGACAGAAGUUCUUCUCGGAGAGAGAGGCGAGCGCCGUUCUCUACACCAUCACCAGGACGGUGGAGUACCUGCACGUGCAGGGGGUGGUUCACAGAGACCUGAAGCCCAGUAACAUCCUGUACGUGGACGUGAGCGGGAACGCCGAGUCCAUCCGGAUCUGCGACUUCGGUUUCGCCAAACAGCUGAGAGCGGAGAACGGCCUGCUCAUGACGCCGUGCUACACCGCCAACUUUGUCGCACCCGAGGUGUUGAAGAAGCAGGGUUACGAUGCCGCCUGUGACAUCUGGAGUCUGGGAGUCCUGCUCUACACCAUGCUAACAGGCUUCACUCCGUUUGCGAACGGUCCGGAGGACACGCCGGAGGAGAUCCUGGCUCGUAUCGGCAGCGGGAAGUUCUCACUCAGCGGAGGAUACUGGACGUCCGUCUCUGCCGAGGCCAAGGAUCUGGUGUCUAAGAUGCUGCACGUCGACCCGCACCAGCGGCUGACGGCAGGUCAGGUGCUCAGACACCCCUGGGUGACGCACAGAGACCAGCUGCCGAAGUACACCCUGAACAGGCAGGACGCACCGCACCUCGUCAAGGGCGCCAUGGCGGCAACCUACUCCGCCCUCAACAGGAACGUCCCCCCGGUCCUGGAGCCGGUGGGCUGCUCCACUCUGGCCCAGCGGAGGGGGGUGAAGAAGAUCACCUCCACUGCUCUGUGACCUUUAACCCCUCCCCCCACUCCCUCCCUCACCUCCUCCCAUCAACUCUGACCUCGAUCUGACCUCCGCCGGACGUCCCUCCUCCCCUCCUCCCCUCCCCUCUCCUGUCCACUCCGGUCCGGCGGGACAGACUACUGAUGGACCUGGGAACCGCUAACGCCAAAUAGGAGCACAGAGACCGCCGCACACCUCCCUCCCCUCCCCUCCCUGUCCUGCACCUUAACGGACUCUUCUGAUUGGAUCUCUUCUGCUGUCUUACUGUAGAGUCUCAGUUGUGGCGUCACCGAUGGACAGCCGGACUAACGACGACCUGUCGACUCUUCCCGCCGCAGGAGGCCGAGUCCUCCUGCGGCGUUUUUUGCUUUGGACAAUCAGCGCGUCAGGAAAAUGAAAGUACUGUAUUUAUUUACUUCAGAACGGCGGGAAUCUGAACUUAGGAACACGGUAAUCUAAUGUAUGCAUUUAAAGAGCUAGGAUCACGGUUAUUAUAGUGGCGUCGUGAUUCUGCGUAGCUGUAGAUCCUGCAUUUAAACCUCAAGUAGCCUCCGAGAUGACGGCGUCUCCAGAAAAGGACGGAGGGCGUGAAGCGGCGCGGGUUAACGUUCACCUCACUGAGCGGAGCAGCCGCCACCAGAAAAAGCUCCAAAAAUCAAGACGUAGGAAAAGAGGAAGCGAGAGCUGCAGCGUCCGGUCGAACCUGAAGAAAAGAAACGUCUCACGGGUUUGUUUAGAAAAUGAACGUCAGUGCGUCUGAGCUGGAGUCACACCUCCAGCCUCCAGUGUUUUACCUGUAAGGCCAUGAACAAAAUCUGAUUGGUUUGUCUCAUCUGUUAAAGUGUUAAUCAGUGACCAGCCCACAAACUCAGAGGAGGAGUCUCCUGAUCUUCUAUAUUUUUUGUUUGUUAACAAAUCCCAUGAAAAUACAUUUUCUUAUAGUUUCAUCUUUGAAGAAAAGUUCAGUCAUUUCCUCAAACAGCUUUUAUCAAACCAACAGGAACAAACAGAAUCUGCCUUUGAGCUUCACAAGGCGAGUUAACGCUGAGGACGCCCCCUGGUGGCCGAGGAACUGAAUGCACUUCUCUAAACUGCCGGGAGGAAAAACAAACAAGAGUCACCUUCCUCUUAAAUCUGGCACUUAAAGUGGAGUUUCCCUCCAGCGUUCACACCUGAAAUUCAUUUAUGCAAAAAAAAAAACACUGAGAAUCUAAAGUUUCAGGCUGAUGAAUCAAUAAAACAGGCGUUUUUACGGAUGAAUCUUGCCUUUUAAGAAUUUAAAUUAAAUUUGAAGAAACACUUUGAGGCUUUAGGUGCUAUGAAAACGGCUUUAAGUGAAGGACGCGGGUGACGCCUGCACAGGAAGUGUCAGAGAACAUGUGGGUGCGUCGUGUAUUUCUGUCCUGAUGAGGAGUCGCUCUUCGGGUCGGCAGCCACACCAAACAAAGAGCGGGAUUAAGCCGAGACCUCGUUCCCAAACGAGCUUCCUGCCUCCGCAGCCGGACGACCUUCUGUACGAGCCGCCCGAUCAUCUCUGUCUGUGCAGCCGACACGGAGCUGAACUGUAAAUACAAACACGUCGAGCAACUCAGGUUUCUAUGAAUCAAGACAAUGCAUUUUUAUAUGUGAGAAAAAACAAGGAAAAAGAAGAAGCACAGAGACGUGAGUGAAGGGAGGAGAGCGGGACGCAGAGACACGAUCAAACUCCUCAUUUCCCGCCGUGUGACCAAACAACAGGAACGUCCACGUUCAUCAUGUGACACAGAGGAUCGUCCGUCUGCUGAACCCUUUAAAAACUCACCUGUGUAGCAGAAAAAAAACCAUAUAUAUAUAUUCACAUCUACCUGUAACUAUGUCUGGAGGCAGCGGCGAGACGUCAGAGAGACAGUUCACCCAAAUCACUCAGAGACAGACGACUGGGACGCAGAGGUUUAGUCUCAACAUGAUUUAUCACAUUAGUUUAAUUCUUCCAUAAACAGACAUUUAAAACUGUGUGUGGAGUCUGAAGUUGAAAAUAAGAACAAAAAUAUUAUAUAUUUCUGCUUCUAGAAACUCUGACCUCUAAUUAUGUUGAAACAAAACUGGUGAUUUGACAAAAACAAUCUGCUAAUAUUUUCUUUUUGUCUUUCUUCAGCAUCAUAUCUCAAAUAGAAAGUUCCUGUGAGAUAUGUGGGUUUUUUCUUUAAAUGCUCAAUAAUCUUCAGACACAGAUUUGUCAAAACUCAGAGAAACCAGCUCAGAGAUUCUUCAGCUUUUUGGCUUUAAACCCCAAAAACUUCAGUAUUUCCUCCUCAGAUCACUGAGUCUCAGGUUGAAUCUGUGUGUGUGUUUCUCGCUGUUCAAACAGUUUCACAAUAUGAAGCAACAACAAGAAAUAUUAACGAAUUAAAGAAGGUUUCUCUCAGCAUGAGGUCUAACUUACUUGUUGCUGCAGCUUUCGACCACAUUGUUUGGCUUUCCUCUCCUUGCUUUAAUGCCACAGAAUUCAUAUAAUAGUCAUAUAAUAGAUGGUGAACAAACACCGUCUCCAUGACAGUGACAUUUGGUUUCAAGUGACUUUGACCUCGUGUUGAGACGUUUCACACGAAGCUGCUGUUUCCUGAAGAUUUGGGUGAACUGGCCCUUUAAUUACGACCAUGACGACAGGUGACGUGCGACGCUCAGCUGUGGGAUGUGACCUGUGUGACCUGACCCUGUCGCACCUCCACAGUGUUCAGGACAUCUGUGCUUUGCCUUCUCCAGCUGUCAGUGCUCUCGUUACCUGUGUGUGCCUCUGCUGCAAAAACACCCCCCCCCCCCCCCCCACCUGGGCUUUCCAGGUGAGGGGGGGGGGGCAUGAACUGUGUCGAGGAGGAGGGGGACUGAAGACGAUCAGCGAGCACUAACAAAAAAAAAAAAAAAAAGAAUCUAACUUCUUCUCCUCUUUCCAGAAAUCUGCAACAUCUGUAACAUCUGUAACAUCUGUAAUAUGAAUCCUUCAUUAUCUUCAUGCAGAUGAUUGAAAAGUGCUUCUUCCUCUUCUUCUGCGCUCGAGUGAGUGUCUGUCAACGUAAAGGGACAAAACUUCUCCGCUCCGACACAAACCUUCGAUUUUAUUUUAUUUUCUAUAUCAAAUGAAAUAUAUAAGUGUUGAUCUCUGCCUCGUCUGUCCGUGUACAGCUCUGGGAUAAAGGAAUGUAAAAGGAAUGAUUCUUUUUUCUGUAAUUAUAAACAGGGGAAUAGCUUUCUCUCUUCUUCUUCUUCUUCUCUCUUCUUCUUCUUCUCUCUCCAUCUUCCUCCUCCUCCUCUUCCUCUUUCAUCUGAUCCUGUCAGAGACGCAUUCAGCCCUGCUGCUACGCCAGCUCUCUGUUUUUGUACCUGCAGUGAGAGUUGGACUUUCUAUUAAAAUGAUAAAUAAAAAGGAUAAUCAGUCAA